AUGCGUGCCUCUAUUUUCGUUGUCGGUCUUCUCUUUGUGUCUGCUUUCUGUAUUCCUGCGAAGCCCUUUAAUUUCCUUGUCGGCGAUUAUUUCAAGGGUUCCUGGAAGAUUGAGAAGAGAGAGUAUACUGGGGCUGUGGAAGGAGCUGUAGAGGUGGCUGAGAAGCUUGUUUUUAACGUUACUGAGAUGGAUGAGAAUCGCUUGAGUGUUGCCCAUGUAAUUGAGGAAACAAACGAGAUCGACAUUGAGAAAUCUUAUGAGAUGUCUGUGGUAUCGAACAGAAGUUGCACCUUCCUGGAAGGAGAAAAGGCUGUGGCGACCCUUAAUUUUGUUCCUUUUUACGAUGGCACGCGUUUUGUGGCUGUGUUUGCUACGGAAUCUGGAGAGAAUGUUGAAGUUCUCAUUGACAACCAGAACCACUUCACAGUCAGAAAGUAUGCUGACGGUAAGUUGGUUCACUUGAACUUUCAGCGCAAUGUCGUCGCUUUGACUCCUACCUUCUUCCAGAAGUAUGGAAACCUCAUUAUGAUGGGAGGAAUGAUGAUUAUGCAGCUUGUAACUGCCAAGUUGCGUCCUGCUCCUCCUCAGCAAGAAGAGGGAAAUGGUGAGGCGAAUGGUGAGGCGAACGGCGAAGCCAACGGUGAAGCUACUUCUGGAGAGGAAAAGCCCAAGACUGAUUAA